AUGGGGAACGCUUUCGUUGCCUACCGUGGUCAUGUUGUCACUGCCGUUACUGUUACUGUGGCUUCUGCUAUUGUAUUUUGCAUCGUAUACCUGGUAUACAAGCCGACAUUAAACCCAGAUGACUGUAAGCUGCUCUUGGCAGCCUCUGAGCAUGGGAGACGCCCUUGCCCGCCUGACUGGAUUGGGUACCAGAUGAAAUGUUUCUACUUCUCAGAUAAAGAAGAAACCUGGUCUGCUAGUCAAGACUUUUGCUCUUUGCACAACUCCUCUCUGGCCAUUAUUGAAAAGGAAGAAAUGGAUUUUGUGCAGCGUUACAAAGAUAGCAUUUCCCACUGGAUUGGCCUCCAUCGAGACCCGAACCAACCCUGGAAAUGGGUCAAUGGAAAUACUUCAACGUGGGAGGUCCUCGGUGAUGGAGGGAACUGUGCCUUCCUGAAUGACGAAGGGAGAGCAAGCUGUUCCAGGUGCCGUACCAUCCAUCACUGGAUAUGCAGCAAACCUGAUGAAUUCACAAGCCCAAAGAUAGUUUGA